GGGGGAUGUGUCAGAGCAGCAUGGAAAAAUCUGGUACAAAAUGGACCCAAAAAUUGCACAGCACAAGAUGCAAAAUCGUUUUUCCUGUUCCUCCACCAACUCAGACCCCAGGGGAGGUUUUGUGGUGCCCCCACAUGAGACCCCCCCAGGGAUUUUCCCCCUCACUAGGGAGCCAGCCCUGGGGAGAUGCUGAGGCUUUGUAAAGACCGCAAGCAUCGACAGAAAUAGGGCAUAAAAGAAACACAAACCCCUCUUGGCAGCCAAGGGGGCAGUGAAUUUUAAAAAUUAAUAAAUAACUUACUUCUUUUUUCCCAAACAUGGAAAUAUUGAAGCUUCUGACACCAGUUCACCCCUGUAAUUUCACAUCACAUAUUUCACUCUUCAAAUCCUAAACCCCAAGUGUUUCAAAUCUCUUAUUCUCAAAGGCGUUUCAAAACCACUCUGGUAUUUUAUCUAUCAUUUUGAUAUUUCUGGGUAUGAGCUGUGCAGUGCUGCAGCUACCAAAGCACCGAGGUGGGGAGCACCAGCAGAAUUUCCUUAUUUUUGUGGUUUUUCAGCCACUAAAUUUGUUUGAGGUUUCUUGCUCUUGGCUUCAAAGCUUUCUGUGAUGCCUCACGCCUCUUCUUUAUGGUGAGCUCAUUUGGAGUUCAGCAUUUUCCAGGCCCGGAGAAAAACACCUCCUGCUAAUGAUUCUGCCAAAGAACCUAAUCCCACAGCUCAAAUUGCACCUUCUCCUUAUUUUGAAUGCAUUUUGAUUUCAACAGAGGAGAAAACAGCCAAAACUCAUCCUUUCCUGCUUUUAUUUUUCACGCCAAGCUCCUACGUUUCUGGUUUUUUUUAAUUGCACGGAGCUAGAUUAAAAGAAGGAAGAAAAGCGAGGUGGUGAGAUAUGAAGAAAUCAUUAUUAAAGAUCAAUGAGUUUUGGGGGUUUAGUUCCUAAAGGGGAUUUUGGGGGAUCCAGUGUGGGGCUGCUGCCUUGGUGCACACCUGGUUUGAGGGCUCGGCGCAGAAGAAGCUGCCGCGGCAGAUGUUCUUCAGCAGCUGUUGGUGAGACAUCUGCAUGGAGACAGGGAAGAACCUCCUGGGGUGAAGCCAACCCCACCACCACACGUGGAAAGGGAGAUCUGGACCAAAACCCCUCUAUUGUUGAUUCCAUGGCCCAGCUUUGGCUCCAUCUCUGCAUCUGCUUCCAGAUCCCAGGUUUCUGUACAAAUCUACUUUUAUCCCAGACUCCUGGGCAUAUUUUAGCCCAAACUAACAAUAAAACAGAAAUCCGCUGUGAACUGAAGAAGGAGCACACGGGUGUGUACUGGUACCGCUGGAGCCAGGAGAGGCAAAAUUUUGAGUUCUUGGUGUUUUCCAACCCGUUGGGCAAAGCCACAUAUGGCACAAACAUCAGCCAAGACAAAUUUAGUGUCCAAGGGGCGAGUUCCCACAGCUCGUACAGCCUGCGCAUCAGCCAGCUCCGUGACUCGGACAAUGGCACCUACUACUGCUCCAUCUCCCAGUCCUUCCAACUCCUCCUGGGCAGUGGGACACAUCUCGGUGUGGUUGAUGUUUUGCCUCUUCCUCCGAAGACCACUGAGGCACCACUCUCCACAAAGCCUGUGCGAAGAGUAACCAAAAGCAAAGCUGUCAGCAAGAAAGGUGCCUGCAGCCCCCUUGUCUGGGUCCCCCUGGCCACCAGUGUCCUGGUCCUCCUGCUGAGCCUGGUCCCCACUGCGUACCGCCUCUACCGUUUGCGACGGAGAUUGUGGCUUCGCAUCCACAGGCAGUAAAUUCCAGCAGCUCCCCCUGCCUUGGGCGUGCAGGGAGAAGCCACGGACCCUCCCCUGCACAGUGCUGAGCCCGGCCUGGAUGUGACCCGGGAAGGGUGUUACAGGGGGCAGACAGACAUUUCUUUCCUGUGAUGGACCAUGACUUUAACCUUUUUUCUUGACACGAAAGCUGGUAAUUGGACUGGGUUGGAUCCUGCAGCACGUGGAGCAUUUUUCAGAGGGUGCUGAGCAGGGUGAACACCACAGCUGGCUCUGCACCGGGGCUGGUGUACUGAGGGGGCUCAGAUGGGCUGGAAAGAUGCUCUGAGAGCUUCUUGGCUCUCCUCUCCACCCAUGGGACAUCACAAAGGUGCUUUUCCUUUGCUUCUGCUGACACUGGUUGGUAAGACUUUGCUAACAAACACUCUGCAAGCAACCAGCAGACAGCAAGGGUGGGUCACUGUAUAGCUUGCCCUGUACAGGCACGUUCAUUAGAAAUAGUGAAUAUAUUGCUCAGCUGUUUGGCUCUGUAGGCUGGUGUCUCGCAUCUGCACUUGGUGCACAACAUGGCUGAGUGGUGAGCGAGGAGCCACGGCUUCUGCCCAAGCAAGAGUUACAGCAGAAAAACAGCUUGGGGGGAGCAGGUCUGGGAGAGCAUCUUCUCCCACAGGAGACUGAAAACAUCCAGGAGUGGGAGAGGAAAACCAGACAAAGCCAUACACCCAAGGCCAAACACCUGGAGCAGCCUGAAGGCCAACAACACUGCUUAGAGCAAACAGAGGCAGCCGGGACCUGGCCCUGAGCCCAGCAGCUCAGCAGAGCUGUAGAGAAUUGCCCUGAGCAAUGUCUGUGUGCGCUGAGCCCCGAGCGAUGCCAGGAGCAGGGUAGGUCUCCCCAGGGAUGUUCAUAGAAUCAUAGAAAAGUUUGGGUUGGAAGGGACCUUCAAAGCUCAUCCAGUGCCACCCCUGCCAUGAGCAGGGACAUCUUCACCAGAUCAGGUUGCUCAGAGCCCCGUCCAGCCUGGCCUGGGAUGUCUCCAGGGAUGGUUCAUCCACCACCUCUCUGGCCAGCCUGGGCCAGGGUUUCACCAGCCUCCAUGUCAAAAAUCUCUUCCUCAUGUCUAACCUGAAUCUCCCCUCUUUUAGUUUAAAACCAUCACCCCUUGUCCUAUCACAACAGGCUCUGCUAAAAAGUCUCUUCUCAUUUUUCCCAUCUGCCCCUUUUAAGCACUGAAAGGCCACAAUAAGGUCUCCCCAGAGCCUUCUUCAGCUGAACACCCCAGCUCUCUCAGCCUGUCCUCCCAGCAGAGCUGUUCCAGCCUCAGAUCAUUUCUGUGGCUCCUCUGACCCCUCUCCAACAGGUCCAUGUGUGUCCUGUGCUGAGGACCCCAGAUCUGGACACAGGACUCCAGGUGGGGUCUCAUCAGAGCAGAGCAGAGGGGCAGAAUCACCUCCCUCCACCUGCUGGUCACACUGCUUUUGAUACAGCCCAAGAUACAAUUUACCUUCUGGUCUGCAAGCGCACGUUGCUGGCUCAUGUCCCGUCUUUCAUGCCCCAGUACCCCCAAGUCCUUCUUCACAGAGCCCCUUUCCAUUCCUUCCUCCCCGACCUGUGUUGAUACUGGUGGUCGCUCCAGCCCAGGUGCAAGACCUUGAACAUGGGUUAACAAGGCUCAGCCCCUGUCCAGGACUGCAAGGCUGAUGUGGGGCUGGAAAGUUGGCGCCUUGCUGAGCACAGGCGGUGGGUGCUCACUCUCAGGUGCAUCCCCAGCUCCUCAUCUCUGCCAAAAUACAGGCACCAGAGCAAGGCCAUAUCAGCAGCAGUGAGUGCAAGGGGAAGCUGCUCCAGAUGCCUCCUGUCCCCAGUGUGGGUGGGAAGUCCAGCGGCUAUUUUUACUGCUGGGGAAGCAGCAGGGAUCUCCUGUCCUGCCCAUUGCCUGUGUCCUCACAGCUGCCCACAAGCCAAGAGCUGAUGUGGCUCCAGAGUCCCCAGGGCUGGGACAAAGCAGGCAUGAGAGGAACCUGUGUGGGUGUGAAGCAUCGCAGUGGCACAGCAGCAUCCCUCUGCCCUUACCCUCCUUCCCCUCCCAACCACAGGUCGCUGCUGCUCUCCACUGCAAUAUAAGAUAUUUCUGAAGGACUUGGUCUCAAAUCUGGCCAUGCCUGCUCAUUGAGAUGGAUAUUUCCCCUAAAUGAUGCAGCGAUAAAGCUGCUGUGGACAACGCUGAGCCAAGCUUUCCCAGGCUGGGUUUCCCACCUGACCUGAACAUCCAUCCCUGCCUCCCCUCUCCCACCUCUCGCCCAGCACAGGAGGUGACCUCCCACUGCCCAGCAGCCGGGGACGGGUCUGGGCAGCGAAAGGCUGUGACAGCCCAAUCUCCUCUCCCACAGGAAGGUGAGCAGCCUCGGGGAUAACCCUGCCUGGUCCAUUCCUCCUCCCUCCAUCCCACCCUCACACCAUCCCCACAGUGCGUGUGACCCUCACUGAAACCCCCCUGGGACGACACCAUCUUGCCUUGGUAGACUUCAGCCACCGAUUAUCCCUGCUUCAGUAAAACCUGUUCGAAGGACGGGGAUUUACCCCUUGGCUCUGUGCCCACCUGUGAAUAAUUGUAGCAGGCAGCAAAGAAUCUGCUCAGAUCCUGAAUUCCCCAAUUUGGCUUCAUUGUGUCUUUGUAAACUGGAAAGAACGCAAACAGACAAACAAACAAACCCACACCUCCGCAUCACCUCUCUGCCUGCAAUGAAAACAGGAGAGGACAGCAAGCCAAAGAUGCUACAUGGCCUUUUGAAGCACAGGUUUAGGCAGUUUAGCAAUGGAAACAACCAAAAAAAUGUAGUAAUUCCUGUAAUCAUCCAUAGGAUGUUUUAAGACAGUGAAACUCGAAGAGAUUUUAGCAGCAGGUUUCACAACUGCAAGAGACACCUGUUUCACAGAUUUUUCACAGGGAAAAUAAUGGCAUUUUUUUAUAUAACCCCAAGCACUCAAUCAGCGGUUAAUAAAUGAUGUCGUCUUAAACAACAAAAGGAGACACUACUAAAAACUGAACAGAUACAAAAGGCCUUCGAAUAGGACAAGGGGGUUUUUGCAGAUCUGUGGCUUCAAGUACAAAGUGUUAUCUGUGUUGUGCCCAUCCCAUGAAUCAUCAGGCAAGAAACUGUAAAAGAGGUCAGAAAUAACAUGUUGCAAUAAUCCAUUAUUAUUAUUAUUAUUAUUUCAUACUCUUUUCUAUUAUUUUGUAUUCUCUAUUUAUAUUCUGUAUUCCAUAUAGAAUAUCUUCUGUAUUAUAAAAAAGACUGCAGUUGUUCUGUCAAUAAACAGUGCAUGCAUGUCUUGAAA